AUGACUUUUAUAGACAAUUAUUUCGAAUAUGAAACAAGAAUCAUAGAUUACUUAAACACUGCUCCUUAUGUGCAUCAAUUUAUUCAUGAUAAGUUGAGCGGUAGAAUUACUCUAUUCUUAAUUGUUGUUGGUAUAAUGGCUUUUAUUAAUGAACUAUACAUCACUAUUGAAAUGAGUUUCUUACAAAAGGAAACUUACGAAGAGUUAGAGAAAGGUAAGAUUGAUGAAAGUCUAAAAUUACAUAGAAUGCUCAUUCAAGAUGAUUAUCACAGUAAAGAAUAUUUGGACAAAAAAAGUGGUAUUAUAAUUGAAGAUUUCGAAGAUAGAGACAAAUUCUUUGCUAAACCAGUCCAUGUUGCGCAUUUAUAUGUUGAAUGUAAUGUUAUAAGAAAUGGUAAAGAAUUAUUGUCAGUUCCUUACAGGUUCCAUUUAGAAUUUUCUCCAGAAGAAUUUGAAGAUGAAAAGAGACCAGAAUUUGGCUGUACUUUACGUGUAUUGAGGACUAAAGUCUACCAUUUAUUCAGAGAUAGUGAACUAUACAAAGAAUUAAACGGUGAAAGUGAGUUGAAUAUUACUGUAUCGAAAAAUGUUAAAAUUUAUAACACUCUUUCGGACGUUUUACCAACUUCUAUUGAUGACAUUCAAUUAUGUUUCUUAAAAAUACAAACUGGUGAUCACAUCAAAGCUGAGAUUACAUGGGAUUAG